AUAACCAAAAUUCAGGCAGGCAUGCUUAGCAGAAGCUUCCUGGCUAGCUAGAGCUAGAAGUUUCCUCUCUCAGCACGUCCCCUAAAAAGCAUUCGAUGAGCAUGCUUUUUACACAGGCCCGGGACAGCAGUCAUAUUUCGGAGUUGUAAAGGUUAUUGCUAGGGUCACUGUUUUUUUCUCCAUGUGUAUGUGCAGACAGCACAAGAAUGAGCUGUGUUUGUGGCCGUAAGUCUGGGGUGAUUUAAGAAUGUUUUGCAGUGGGUAUGGAAAGUAAUUUUCAUUUCCAUUUUAUUUAGUGAUCGAGUAGCAUCUAGGUCGUAUGCAAAGCAGUUCAAAUUUUUACAGCAUUUUUCAGCAGAAAUCCAGGUGACUUUUUUUUCCCAAUUAAUGCAGCCAGUAACAAAUCACUUAAAAUUGCAGUAAUUGUUUUGGAUCUGAAUUUGGAUCUCUCUCAUUUGUAGGUAAUAUUGCAGUUACUGCCUUGUUUGGGCUAUUUUUCAUAGAAGUUUCAUGAAUAUUACUGCCAACACUAUGAAUUAUAGCUACAGGUUGGAUAUAUAUAAAUGGCUGUUGUCAGAUUUGAAAUAGAAGACUCAUUAACUGCAUUGUUCAUACUUCAGUUGAAAAUCCGGGCUAUUAGCAGAGCUCCCAGAUUUUCUCUUUCUUUGUGUAGGUGUUUGUACUUCACCACAAAGUCAGGGUGUGUGAAAUAUUGUGCCGUUAAUGGGAUGGAACAGAAAAGCAAUAUUGUUAGCUCCAGGAGAUGGCACUGUGUCCUCUCUGGGCUAAAAAUUGUGUACAUCGCUUUGAAACGUACAUUUGGAACCAAUGAGGGGUUUUGCUCGUUCAUGUUAUGAAACACAUUUCAUUGUAGACCCAAAUUCAUGUUUAACUGUCCCAAAUAUGGUAUUUCAUCACUUCUGUCUUUGCAACUAAAUGAGUUCUAAAUGCUGGUGUCUUCUUCCGUUAUCUAUACAGCGCUUUAUGUUUUAAUAUUGCAGUCACAGCGCUGCUCUGCAAUACGUGCUCUAUAGCCAUUUGCUUAUAGGAGAAACAGAGAUACAAAUGGUUUAUGAUUUACACACAGUUAUGUAAGAGUUCAGGUUUCUCAGCUAGUUUCAGAAUUUGGUUUGCGUGCAUAUCAGGUUGAAAUUUAAUAAUUCUUAUAUUUCUCUGAAAGAAAUACAAUAAAAAGCAAGCACAUCAAAAAAAAAAAAAAAAAAGUAACUAAUUUGGAAAGGGAAAGAAAGGCCCCCCGAUGGUCCUGGCGUUGUUACUCAACGAGGAAGGAGGUGGUUUUUCGCCGAACUCCGUGCGUGGCGUUUGAAAGCAAGCAGCCGACACGAAACCCACUUUUAUUUGCGUUGCAAAAUCCGCCGCCCGAUAGCGAGGCGCUGACCAGAGGGGAAAUGGUUUGCCGGUGCGCACCGAGGCAGCAGGAAUAUGCUCAUGAAGGAGUACCGGAUCUGCAUGCCUCUGACAGUUGAGGAGUACAGAAUUGGACAGUUGUACAUGAUAAGCAAGCACAGCCAUGAGCAGAGCGACCGAGGUGAAGGUGUGGAAGUGGUGCAGAAUGAGCCCUAUGAAGAUCCAAAUCACGGCAAUGGCCAGCUAACAGAAAAACGGGUCUAUCUCAACAGCAAACUACCCAGCUGGGCUAGAGCAGUUGUUCCCAAAAUAUUUUAUGUUACAGAGAAGGCAUGGAAUUACUAUCCUUAUACAAUCACAGAAUACACAUGUUCAUUUUUGCCUAAAUUCUCCAUUCACAUAGAGACAAAAUAUGAGGACAACAAAGGAAGCAAUGACAGCAUUUUUGACAAUGAAGCUAAAGAUCUGGAACGAGAAGUCUGCUUUAUUGAUAUUGCCAGUGAUGAAAUUCCUGAGCGCUAUUACAAAGAAUCAGAGGAUCCUAAAUAUUUCAAGUCACAGAAGACUGGGAGAGGCCAAUUAAAAGAAGGCUGGAGAGAGACCCAUCAGCCAAUUAUGUGUUCCUACAAACUUGUGACUGUGAAAUUUGAAGUCUGGGGACUUCAAACCAGAGUAGAACAAUUUGUACAUAAGGUGGUCAGAGAUAUACUAUUGAUCGGUCACCGGCAGGCUUUUGCCUGGGUUGAUGAGUGGUAUGACAUGACAAUGGAUGAAGUCCGAGAGUUUGAACGAGCAACUCAGGAAGCUACCAACAAGAAAAUUGGGAUUUUUCCACCUGCAAUAGCUAUCUCUAACAUUUCCAUGCCUUCUUCAACCCGCAGUGCUCCAUCUAGUGCUCCAUCAACUCCUCUCUCCACAGAUGCUCCCGAAUUCCUAACAGUUCCCAAAGACCGGCCUCGAAAAAAGUCUGCUCCAGAAACCCUCACUCUUCCAGAUCCAGAGAAGAAAAAACUUUAAAUUAACCCAGCGUGAUUCCUCCUGAUAAGCCAUGUCUACCACAGCAAGAGUAACAUAAUACAGUUUCUAGAAAGGUCAUGGUGGUUGGUUGGUGUUUCUUGGAUUUCUUUUUGUUCUUUUGUUUUGUUUUGUUUUGUUUUGUUUUGCUUCGGAUAAUCUCACUGUUGUGGAAAGAUUGCUUCUUUCCUCAGGCUUGAUCCUUAAAACCUUCAGAGAAGUGCAUGCAAGAGAAUCUAAUUUAUAUAUUCCUAAAGCAGUGUUCCAAGCCAUAUGGUGCAUCUUACUGACCUACAAUGAAAUAGUCUGAGGAGAACCCUAUAAAAGAAAAUAAAUCUUUCUGUAGCAGUAUCUCUACAUGGAAAUCCACAUCUAGGUCAUAGCAUUUAUAAUUAGGAAUAGAUAUUCAGUAAAGCUGCCAAGGACUUCUGAGGCAAAUUUGUGCCAAGCAGAAUGCAGGGUUAACUGGAUAAAAAAGCUCCAAUUUUCUUCUUUUAUAAGUGAUUUUAAAAUCCAUCCUACUCUCAGGCUUUUCAUGUAUGUUCAUAAACCUUUGACCUGCAACUCAUUGUACUUGAACGCCAACAGCAAUCACUCAGAUUCAUAUUUUGCUUAAUAUGACUCAGGAUUUGGGGCCUAGCUAACAAACAUGAAACUUUUCAAACCUAAAAUAUCACUGUAUUGAAGCCCCAAUUGUAAUUAAUUAUACUGACUUUGAGGCCAUUGAACUAUUUCUAUCUUGCACAGAAUUUGUAAAAGAAACCACCUAUUUCUUGUAGAUAAUGUAUUUUAAUAGCUUUCUUUUUGUGAUCUCUUAAGUUCAUAUUGGUGUUCCAAUGAUGUUCCAUGUACAAGAUUGAAAAAAAAAAAAGCAGCUAAAUUGAGCCAGUUGAGAGGGAAAACCAAUGAAUUU